AGAUAGAUGAAAUGCUGCAGCAGAUACAGAGUGCUGACCCCACUGGAGAAACACGACCGGACACCAUGGAAAUGUUACAGUUGGAAGAACAAUGUAAAGCAAUGGGUCCACUUAUAGAUGCAGAACUGGAAAAGAUUGAUAAGAGACAUGCUGAGUUAUGUGGAAUUAACACCAAGGUGUUAGAAGCGUUGCAGAUGUACCAUAACUUAAUGAAGGAGACACCGAUGCCAUAUGCUUACAAACAGUCUAUGUCGGGAUAUAACCCUGCUUCAAGCAUGGCGAUGUCCCCUGGAUCUAUGCCACAGUGUACAAAAUUUACCAGGUCAGCAGACUGUUUAUAACGCAGUCCAAUCACAACCCCAACAACCACAUCCACAGCAAAAUGUAGUUCCACCACAACAGAGUAUUUCUACAUAUAAUGUGAACGUAGUUCCGUCGCAUACAAGCAAUAGGAUCAAUGAAUUCUCAAAACAUGGUACCCAGUUCAAGUGACUGUGGUCCCCAGCCCAUUUAAGGACAUAUGUACCAACAACCUGUAUUCCGACAGCAAUUAUUGUGAACAUAUGUAAACAAAUCAUUAAGAAUUUGAAAAAAUAAGUGAUUUUUAUAUAGGAAUUCAAGAAAAAAAUCUUAGAUGAUGCAAUUGAUAUAUAACUAAUUCAGUGUUGUUGUGUCCUGGCUUUGAGCACAAGAUAAUGCUGAAUAUUGCAGGAUAAGUAGAACAAGGCUGUCUGUUGUGAUGAACAAUGUAUACAUGUGCAACUCAUUAGAAUAACAGGCUUUAUUGCUUGAGAAUUCCAGUUUAGUUGUAUCAGAUAAUAAGUGAAAAUAGAGCUCCCCUACAUGAUGGAUUUGGCUUACUUCACAUGUAUUCUAGAUACCAGCAAUAAUUGCUUAAAGUCAUAUCUUGUUGAAUCAUUAAAGAUAUUUCGAAUUGUAACUCUUCAUUGUUGAACAAAGAGACUCUCCAUUUAGGCCAUUACGUGACAGGACUGAAAAUAAUUUUUGGAGAAAUAAUGUUGUAUUUCCCGAAGGUCUAGAUCAAUAAUUAAAAACUUCAGGCUCCCACACUUGAUUUUUUCAAAAAAAUUAUUUUACUAAUGAAAAAUGACCAAUAAUUGAAAAGUGUUGCAAUGUUUUUCAUUCAAAUAGGGCAAAACAUAGCAUUAAUAUAUAAUCUUCAUUUAAUUUCUUAGUAUAUUUCUUGUCAUUUGCAUAUCUUUCUGUUUUAAGUACCCCAGUUAUGCUAUGAAAGAAAUUCAUAUGUAGGCUUUGGGACCAUAGUGGACUUCCUUUAAGAGAACAAAAGGCUCUGAUAUACCACAUUAAUUGCUUAAAUAAUAAAUCAAAUAAUAAUGUACCAGAACAGACCUUGGUUAGUAAAGAGAUACAAAUAUGUUAUAAAAAAUUAAGUUUUAUCACAUACCUGUGCCGAAUUUUGGACUUGUAAAAUGGUAUUGCGUGGCCUGGUGUGACGUCAUUUGUGUUAUACAAACACAGUGUAUGUUAGCAUUACACAAUAGGUGUCUCAAUGAAUAUAAAUGCGUAUUUUUCACUUUAAACAGUGUGUGUUUUGGGUAUGUGAUAAAUAGAAUAUUGUAUCGAUGCAGUUUCAUUACUGAUAUUAUUGAAUACAUUGAAUAAAAUAAUAUUUUGCUCGCCAGAGGCUCGCGUAAUAUAACUUUAUUCAACUCAUUCAAUAAAUUAAGCAUGAACUUACACACUUUAGAUGUUCUCUUUUUAUCAAAUUUUGCUUUAUAACUUAGUGACAAUUCAAACGUUUUAAAAUUACUUGGCACAAAUGAUCCCCACCAUGACACAAUCUGCAGAGCUCAUCAUCCAGGUUGCUACACCCAUGGUCAAGGUUAUAUGUUCUCCAUAACUUUUUGACUUUAUGGAAGAUUUUAAAUAAUUUGGCACAAAUAAUCUUCAUCGUGAGACAAUGUGCUUAUGAUAUGCAUGACACAACAUCAAGGUCAUGGUUGGUAAAAUGUUAAGAGGUACAUAUUCAUGUUCACUGCGAAAGGGGAUUUA